GAUUAGUUGCGCACAUUCGGAGGUACCGUCCAAUAGUUACGUCAGUGUUUGUGUGAUGCGUACUGAAGACUAGUGAGGAAGAAAUCUUUGCUAGAAUACCCAAAACUCGUAUUCUGGCGUGACCAUGGGGAAGGCCCUGUCCCACCUGCCCAAGCAGGCAUGCCACGACAAUUACCAGGACGGCCUGACCACGACCCAGGAGGAUGACGGGAAGAGAGAGGAUGUGUCCCAGUUCCCCUAUGUGGAGUUCACAGGCAGGGACAGCGUCACCUGUCCUACCUGCCAGGGCACGGGGAGGAUACCCAGAGGCCAAGAAAACCAGCUGGUGGCGUUGAUCCCAUACAGUGACCAGAGACUACAGCCCAGGAGAACAAAGCUGUAUGUCACUGUUUCAGUGACUCUGUGCCUGCUGCUGUCCAGCCUGGCCGUCUUCUUCCUGUUUCCUCGCACUGUGGACGUCUCCUAUGUGGGUGUCAAGUCUGUGUUCGUGGCCUAUGACCAGGACCGGAGGAUCGUCUAUCUCAACGUGACUAACACCAUGAACAUCACCAACAACAACUACUACAGCGUGGAGGUGGCCAAUAUCACGGCCCAGGUGCUGUUCUCCAAGACCGUCAUAGGGAGGACUCGCAUCAAUAACGUCAUCGCCAUCAGCCCUCUGGGCAUGCACCAGAUUGACUACAUGGUUCCCACCAUUAUAGCGGACGAGAUGAGCUACAUGUUUGAUUACUGCACCCUCCAGACCAUAAAGGUGCACAACAUUGUGGUCAUGAUGCAGGUGACCGUUACCACGACAUACUUUGGCCACAUGGAGCAGGUCACCCAGGAGAUGUUCCAGUACGUGGACUGCGGAGGAAACACCACCACGGUGCGAGGGGCCCAGCCCAAGGUGUCCAGUGUCCCCCUGCCCCCGGAAUAACCAGCCCGAGAGGAGCCCGUCCCGGGCCGGGUUCGUCGUGUUAGUCUUCGAUCGGCGACCUGUGAAACCCGGCCGACCCGGUGAGCUGCUGGGUAUUGUGGGCUGAGUAGUCCCCCAGGAGGACAGUCGGUCAGCCGAGCUUCAGGUGGUUCACUGUGUUUCCCUGCUCAUCCUCCCACCAUGCAUCUGAUCAUGAACAGCCCAUUGUAGAUGUCAUGCAUCUCUGUAUUAGGUAUUCAGUGGAGGUAAGAAUUAAACUACUGACAAAAAAAUAGACCUAGUUUUAAUGUCUAUUUUUAAAAAAAGUAUAUAAUUAAAAAAUUAUAAUUUAAUAAUAGUAAUAUAUUUCAGUACUAAACCUUUAUGCACUUUAUUCAUAAGUUUAAAGUUCCACCUCCAUGUCCGUGGAAAAUACUAUGUCAUUCCAGACUGUUUGGAACUGUAAAUGCACAUGAAAUAAUGCCACUGUCUAUGGACACACAGUAAUAAGGUUUAUUAUUUUGACAGAUUAAUCUAGUCCAUUAUGUCGUAAUGCUAACAGUUCAUCGAUGCAGUGAGCCGGAAUAACAUGAUUCACUUGGACAACUAAGCCCGACAUUGCCCCACAUUAAGACAAAACCAGUUCUAUUUAUUUUGGGAAAUACUUCACAACAGGUUUCCUUAAUGCAGCUGACUUUUAUCUGAAUACCUGGUUGUUUUGCAAUCUCUCUUAUUUUCACUUCCUAUUUUUAUAGAAACCUAAAACAAAAUCUCAUACAGGAUGGUUUUUGGGCCACAUCGAACAUUUUGCCAACCCCAGAUAAAUACAGCAAAGGAUGUUAUUUGGCAAGAUGCCAGAAUGUACACUACAGAGUGGCACACUCCCUUUGUACUUAUUUGGACAAUUGAGCUAUAAUUUAUUUGGCGUUUACUCUAGUAUUAUUGAGAACCAAUGUUUGAUAUUGGGCGACAGUACAGUGUCACCUUUUAGUUACCGUAACCAAAAUGACCAUAACCAAAGUUCGGAGAACUCUCACCAUCUUAUUUUCAAUGAAAGUUACAACACAUUAUUCACCAUUCAGUUUCCGUAGUUAAAAACACUCCAGGGGGCUCCUAUACAAUCUGUCCGGUUGUUCCAGUUGUACACAAGUACCACCCAUCGUUGGGCCAUUAGUUGACACUGUGAUUUGUUUACAUUAAAUGAAAGAUCUCGCUAUGCCCAUGAAGUGUAGUGAUUUUUAAGAAAUUAAUGUUUAGUCCUUUCCCAGGCUCUGUUCUCAGUUGGAGGGACUUUAUUUUUUGAUACAUACUUCCUGUGGAUUUAAAUAUAACCGAAUGGAUUAUAUACUGUCUGAACCCUUUUCAUAUUUUCAUGACAUAGAGGAUGGUUUGACGGGGGCGUUAUAUAUUUGAUAAAUGACUUCCCUGCAUAUCCAUCCCAGUUGAAGCGUUUGUAAAACUACUUCGAUUGAAUGAUUACCUGAACACUGCUUUGUAAUUGAUUGAUUCCAGCAUUGUGGAAAAUCUUUUUGACUUUAACUCAAAAACACUUCCUGUUCUCAUUAAUAGAAAUAUACAUUCUAUUUCUUAAUCCUCUGUAUUUUGCUGCUAUCAAAUUUGAAAAAGUGGUUCAGCUCUUAGUUGAAUGUUAGGAUUUAGUAAAGACUUUUCUGGCGCAUCAGUUCUGGCACAUAAACUAAAAUAGCGUUUAGUCCAAAUGUCUACUUUGCUGUUGGUACAUGACUUAUUUUAAUUAGCAACUGACUAGAUGUAAAUACAAGCUAUUUUAAAGAGUUUACAUGUAGUUUUGUGUUUGGUUUUAUUUGUGUGAUUUGCAUUUGAUUACAUUAAAUUCAAGAUGGUUGGAUCACGAUUUGUCCUUCCCUGUUUGGUUGUUGGUUGUUUCUUUCUAAAAGCAUGAAUAAAGUUCUUAACACCACA